GCAGUCAAAGUAAACAUAAGCAGAUUUAAAAGCUUCUAACAUCUUCGAGAGGCGAAAAUGUUGCGCCGAUUUUUUCGAGAAAGACCUAUCAACGCUUGGAUUUGUUUAUAAAAGUGGUAUCUCUCAACUUAUCAGUAUAUCAGCACAUGUAACUGCCAGUUGCAUCUUUCUAUGCCUCCCGCAUCUACAAUAAAUAAGUUUUGAUGCCUGAGGGAAAAAAGCUGCAAAGUAACAAAACUAGAGAAAUAAGACCCAUAUGUACAUUGUCUGUUUGGAGUGCAUAAAAUGGAUUUGUUUAACAUACAUUCACUUGAUUGUUUAUUUCAUCAAAUUGACUAAACAUGCCUGGUUGUGCAGCUGUCGGUUGCAAUAAUCGUAGCGAGAAAGGAUAUAUAAUGAAAUGUUUCCCACGUGAUCCAAAACUAAGAAAAAUCUGGCAGGAACGUGUUGCUAGAGCUGAUUGGGAACCAUCUAAUAAUUCCUUCCUUUGCCAUGUACAUUUUGAAUCUGAUAAGUGGUGUUUGACAAGCAGUGGUAGAGUUAGAUUGAAAAAAGAUGCAAUACCUUCUAUUUUUACUGUAACUUCAACUAAAAAGUCUAUCAAGAAACGUAUAAAAAUAGCAGACGUUAACAAUAAAAACAACAGUGAGAUUGAGUAUAAUAUGAUGUAUAUAGGGAAUGAUAAAGAACAUUCGUCCACUGGCUAUUUGGAAGGAACAUAUUCUGCUUUAAAAGAUAUUGACGAUCCAUCUGUACAAUUGCUCAUAGAUCGACAAAUGAAUAAUUUUUCAAACGCGAUAAAAGAUAGACAUAUAUCUACUUUGCAACAUAACGAUCUUCAGCAACAAACUAUUUUAAUUUCAGACGAUUGUAUAGAGACAAACGACGAAGUCGUCAAAAUGCAAGCGGAUGAGGAGAGUGAGAAGAAGCCCGUUAAUUAUUUAGAGUCGAAUUUGGUUGCCAUCUCUAACGAAGAUCUUGUUAAACCCGAGGUAAAAGUCGAGCAAAUUUUAAUUCAGCCCUGUGAUUACGACGAAAUAGAUGAAAAAUUGAAGCAAAUUUGCGGCGACGAUGAUUUCGAAGAGAAUAAUUCUAACAACAUCAAGAAAUCGCGUUCAAUCUUCGACAAACAGGAAGAAGUUACGCAGCAAGCAUCGGACAGAGCUCUAGUUCACAGAAGUAUAAAUUACAAGGAUUCUCCGAAGGGUGAUAUCGGAGAAAUACUUACUAGUAAUAUGGAAGAUAUCGAGAUAAUUUUCAGCACCGAAAACGGAGAAGAAGAGAAGCCCGAAUGCAAGUACGCAUUAGAUAAUAACGACAUGGCUGAUGAGAUUGGGAAAUUAGAACCAUGUACCUCGACCACCGAUAACAUCGAUAAGGACGAUAUUAAAGAAGUCGAGCAAGAUAUAAGCGUGACGCCGAAUAUAAUGGCCGCAAUGAGACGUAAACGGAAAACUCGAGAUGAAAUCAUGAAGUCGCUAGAGAAAUCCAUUUAUAACAUAUCCUCUCAGGACACGGAUUCCACGAACUACAGCGAUGUAGCGUCCGACGACACUGUGGAAGUAGAAAAUAAGAAGAGAAAGAUACAGGUGACACAGGAUGAGAGCAGCAGCGACGAUGACGACACUUCGCCGACUACGAUGAGGUUCACGGUCAAGGUAACGGGCCGCCCCGACGAUGUGUCUGACAUCAUGCAUAAUUUGUCGAAGAGCACAGGAGACGCCAAUGUCCAAGGAUACAACGAUGCGCCUGCACCCAGGGAAAACGAUGGAUUUGUCACGUCCGUUAUAACGAUAGACGACUGUGCGGCAGACGUGAACGACAAGGGCGAGUGCCAUGAUGACGAUACUUCUUCAUUCUACGAUCCUUUCCAAAGUCUCGUGAAACAGAACAAUCGAGUGUUACCUUCAACUUCGAGAAGUAGUCCAUGCCAUAGCACGAGGCUAACGCCGGAUUUCGACGACCGGUUAAAAAAAUUAAGUAGAAAUAAGAGUUGCUUGACACCAAUCGUCACAAACACCACGCAAUCACAGGUAUCGGACUAUUACACCCUUAAAUGCGAGUACGACAAAUUGCAACGGAAAUCCAGCACGCAAGCGGACGUCGUUAAAGAGCUGAGUAACCAGCUGAUUCAGUGCAAGCGUCUGGAACACGGAUUACAGGUUACGAAUGCAACUCUUGAGAAGAAGAUACAAAAUAUGAGGUAUCAGUUAAAUGCGCUGACGAAUAACGUGUCGCCUCCGACGGGGAAGAAAGAAGACGCGAAUGUGGGGCGAACAAGAUUGGUGGACGAUUUAUCAGUGAGACUGAGCUACUUCGAGCAGGCGAACAAGAGGUUAAUGAGGGAUGUGGAUGCGAGGAAUGAACGGUUGAAGAAAUUGGAGAAGCAGAAAGACAAUCGGAUAAAGGAGCUCAACUGGAAACUGGAGAAGGCGUCCAAGUUCCUCGAACGGGCGGAGAAAAAUUCGAACACGUAUCGAAGGAAAAUGCUGAACAUGCAAACCUUCUUGAGGAGAAAGAAGAUCUUGGACGACAGGAUGACGAGAAUGAGCGAGAUACUGAUAGCCAUCAUCAAGAAGAGCUAUGCCGGCAGAACCUUAUCGAUGAGCACAGCGGUGGAAAUCAGUAGAACGUGCGGUAUGAACGGAUACGACAGGUUGCUGAGCUCGGGACUUCCGCUUCCGGCGAUGUCCGCCGUGCGAAUUGCCAGCGACAAUCUGUCGGAUUCCACCGAAAGCACCAACGAGAUCCUGCGUGCCGUCUCCCUGAGACGGAACGUGAAUGAAGUGCACGACACGGGGAUGUAUUGCGCGGGAAAUGACGCGGAAGUGGUUCCGGUUGAGAAUGUGGAAUCGGUUGCGGGGGAAAUCGCAUUAGACGAUACAGAGACCGUGAUGGGCACGGUUCAAGACAUUUUCGACGAAAGUAACAACGACGACGAUUUUAGUACAAAUGAAUUAACUGAGGAUUUUAUUUCGCAACUGAGCAAAUUCAUGUAGCGGCGGAUUCAUCAUGUUAAUUAUAUAUAAAGUCACCACAAACGAAUAUAUCUCUUACCGCAAAAUCCAUAAAUUUCUACAGUCGUCAAUGUAUACCUGAACAACAUAAGGUGGUGGGGCUAACCAGUUUGUGCUGUUCGGGUAGAUUCAUAAAUAUAUAUUUAAAUAUAUAUGUAUAUAUAUUCA